GAGGCAUAUAUAAGACAAAUUGCAAAUAUUAGUGGCAAAUUAAAUUUGGACCUUUUCACUUCUAUAUAUAGCCCGCAUCUUUUUUGUACUUACUUCUAUAUAAUCCCUUAGACUUUAGACCUUAAAAGAAAGUUUCUUGCAUUUUGAUAUAGUGAUUGGUUCAAAAUGGAGCCAACAAAUUCAAGUAAUUUUCGACCAAGUAGUAUGAGGGGAAGUUUAAGGUUGAAAAACAAUUCUAAAUGGAGAAAUAAUAGUACUGCUUUUAAUCAUUCAACAAGAGAUGAAGAUGAUGAAGAAGCUCUUAAAUGGGCAGCUCUUGAAAAACUCCCAACAUUUGAUCGUUUGAAAAAAGGUCUUUUAUUUGGAUCACAAGGUGCAUCUGCUGAAGUUGAUAUAAAUAAUCUUGGAUUUCAAGAAAGAAAGAAUUUACUUGAAAGGCUUGUGGAAGUUGCAGCUGAAGAUAAUGAGAAGUUUUUGUUGAAACUCAAGGAAAGAACUGACAGAGUUGGGAUUGAUUUGCCAUCAAUAGAAGUAAGAUAUGAGCAUCUAACUAUUGUAGCAGAUGCAUAUGUAGGAAGCAGAGCUUUGCCUACAUUUACCAACUUCAUCACUAAUUUUAUUGAGGCAAUGUGGAACUCUCUUCAUAUCCUACCAAAUCGAAAGAGGCAACUCACUAUUCUAAAUGAUGUGAGUGGUAUCAUUAAGCCUUGUAGAUUGACUUUGCUUUUAGGACCUCCAGGUUCUGGUAAAACUACACUUUUAUUAGCUUUGGCUGGAAAGCUUGACCCUUCCCUUAAGGUUACUGGGAAGGUAACCUACAAUGGACAUGAAAUGGAUGAAUUUGUGCCACAAAGAACUGCUGCUUAUAUUAGUCAGUUUGAUUUGCACAUUGGAGAAAUGACUGUGAGAGAAACUUUAGAAUUCUCUGCCAGAUGCCAGGGAGUUGGCUCUCGUUAUGAGAUGUUGGCUGAACUGGCAAGAAGAGAGAAAGCAGCUAAUAUCAACCCAGAUCCUGAUAUUGAUAUCUUCAUGAAGGCAGCAGCGACAGAGGGACAAGAAGCCAAUUUUGUUACAGAUUAUGUUCUUAAGCUAUUGGGGUUGGAUAUUUGUGCAGAUAGUAUGGUAGGAGAUGAAAUGAUAAGGGGUAUCUCAGGAGGACAAAAGAAGCGUGUGACGACAGGUGAAAUGUUUGUUGGACCGUCAAAGGCACUUUUCAUGGAUGAAAUCUCAACUGGAUUGGAUAGUUCCACGACUUAUUCCAUUGUGAAUUCUCUAAGACAUUCUGUGCAAAUCUUGAAUGGAACUACUUUGGUAUCUCUCCUGCAGCCAGCACCCGAGACCUACGACUUGUUUGAUGAUAUAAUUCUGUUAUCAGAUGGGCAAAUUGUCUAUCAGGGUCCUCGAGAAGACGUCCUUGGCUUCUUUGAGUCUAUGGGUUUCAAAUGCCCUGAUAGAAAAGGCGUGGCCGACUUCUUGCAAGAAGUGACAUCAAAGAAGGAUCAACAACAAUAUUGGGUGAGGACGGAUGAGCCUGACAGGUUUAUCACUUCAAAAGAAUUUUCUGAGGCAUAUGGCGCAUUCCAUGUUGGAAGGAAAUUAGAAGAUGAGCUUUCAGCCUCAUAUGACAAGAGCAAAAGCCAUCCCGCUGCUUUGACAACUCAAAAGUACGGUAUAGGGAAGAAACAACUCUUAAAGGUCUGCACUGAAAGAGAACUCUUGUUAAUGAAGAGGAACUCAUUUGUUUACGUCUUCAGGUUCACACAGCUUUUAUUAAUUGCACUCACGACGAUGACUCUAUUUUUCCGAACUGAGAUGCCCCGUGAUACUAUAGAUGAUGGAGGAAUAUACACCGGCGCCCUCUUUUUCAUUGUCGUCAUAAUUUUAUUUAAUGGAAUGUCUGAGAUCGCCUUGACAAUUCUAAAACUUCCUGUCUUCUACAAGCAAAGGGACCUUCUCUUUUUCCCUUCAUGGGCUUAUGCAAUUCCCUCUUGGAUACUUAAAAUCCCUAUAACAUUUAUUGAAGUUAGUCUUUGGGUGUUCCUCACCUACUAUGUCAUUGGAUUUGAUCCGAACCCAGGAAGAUUGUUCAAACAUUUCUUGCUACUCAUAAUAGUAAACCAGAUGGCAUCAGGAUUGUUCCGCUUCAUUGGGGCAGUAGGAAGGACCAUGGGAGUUGCUAAUACAUUUGGAACAUUUGCUCUGGUUAUACUAUUUACAUUGGGCGGAUUCGUCCUUUCACGAGAUGAUGUGACGAAAUGGUGGAUAUGGGGUUACUGGUCUUCACCAAUGAUGUAUUCUCUGAAUGCAAUUUUUGUGAAUGAAUUUGAUGGGAAACAGUGGAAACAUAUUGCACCAAAUGGAACUGAGUCACUUGGAGCUGCAGUUGUAAGAUCUCGAGGCUACUUCCCAGAAGCAUCGUGGUACUGGAUAGGUAUUGGGGCGCUUAUUGGAUUCACAAUCAUAUUUAACAUGUGCUACAGUAUUGCACUCGCUUAUCUCAACCCAUACGGUAAGCCACAAGCUAUGCUACCAGAAGACAAUGAAGAUGCCAAUGAGAAAGAGGGUUCCAGUAGUGAGGGUCAGAAAAAGAAAAAGGGAAUGGUUCUUCCAUUUGAGCCGCAUUCCAUCGCCUUUGAUGAAGUUAUAUACUCUGUUGACAUGCCUCAGGAAAUGAAAGAUCAGGGCGCCACUGAAGAUAGACUGGUACUUCUGAAGGGUGUAAGUGGAGCUUUUAGGCCCGGUGUUUUGACAGCUUUGAUGGGAGUUAGUGGGGCCGGGAAAACGACGUUGAUGGAUGUAUUAGCGGGAAGAAAAACAGGAGGAUAUAUUGAGGGUAGCAUCAAGAUUUCUGGCUAUCCCAAGAAGCAAGAAACUUUUGCUCGUAUAUCUGGAUACUGUGAGCAGAAUGACAUCCAUUCUCCUUAUGUUACAGUUUAUGAGUCGUUAAUAUACUCAGCUUGGCUGCGUUUACCUCAUGAUGUUGACGAAAAGACAAGAAAGAUGUUUGUUGAGGAAGUUAUGGAACUUGUGGAGCUUACACCAUUAAGAUUAGCCUUAGUUGGUUUGCCAGGAGUCGAUGGUCUCUCAACUGAGCAACGGAAAAGGUUGACCAUUGCAGUGGAACUAGUGGCAAACCCCUCUAUCAUUUUCAUGGAUGAACCAACUUCGGGGCUAGAUGCAAGGGCCGCUGCAAUUGUUAUGAGAACUGUUAGGAACACUGUUGACACAGGAAGAACCGUUGUUUGUACCAUCCAUCAACCUAGUAUCGACAUUUUUGAAGCCUUUGAUGAGCUAUUCCUAAUGAAACGAGGAGGACAAGAGAUAUAUGUUGGUCCGUUGGGUCGCCAUUCUUGCCAUUUGAUCAAAUACUUUGAGUCAAUGCCUGGGGUAAGUAAAAUAAAAGAUGGCUAUAAUCCAGCAACUUGGAUGUUAGAAGUCACAGCAUUGGCUCAGGAAAUGAUAUUAGGGGUUGAAUUUGCUGAUUUAUACAAGACAUCGGACCUUUACAGAAGGAACAAAGCGCUGAUAAGCGAACUAAGUAUGCCUCGCCCUGGUUCCAAAGACCUGCAUUUUGAUAGUCAAUACUCACAGCCAUUCUGGACCCAAUGUAUGGCCUGCCUUUGGAAGCAACACUGGUCAUACUGGCGUAAUCCUGCUUAUACUGCAGUCAGAUUUCUUUUCACAACCUUCAUUGCCCUGGUCUUCGGGUCAAUGUUCUGGGAUCUUGGUACUAAAGUGAGUAAGAGCCAAGAUCUAUUUAACGCUAUGGGAUCCAUGUAUGCUGCUGUUCUCUUCCUUGGUGUACUAAAUUCAUCAUCAGUGCAGCCUAUUGUAGCGGUUGAGCGUACAGUAUUUUACAGGGAAAGAGCUGCUGGGAUGUAUUCUGCCAUACCCUAUGCCUUUGGACAGGUUUUCAUUGAAAUCCCUUAUGUCUUUGUGCAAGCUGUUUCCUAUAGUGUCAUUGUGUACGCUAUGGUUGCAUUUGAAUGGACACCGGCCAAGUUCUUUUGGUACUUGUUCUUCAUGUAUUUCACCCUAUUGUACUACACCUUCUAUGGUAUGAUGACCAUUGCUGUUACCCCAAAUCAAAAUGUUGGUCAAAUCGCCGGCUUUUUAUUCCAUGUCAUAUGGAAUCUUUUCUCAGGAUUCAUCGUUCCACGACCUUGUAUGCCCAUAUGGUGGAGAUGGUACUAUUGGGCUAAUCCUGUUGCCUGGACUUUGUAUGGUUUGGUUGUAUCACAAUACGGGGACCUCCAAAAUAAACUUAGCGAUGAUCAAACAGUGGAACAAUUCUUGAGAAGUUACUUCGGGUUCAAGCAUGAUUUUCUUGGAGUAGUGGCAGCUAUGACUGUUGCAUAUGCUGUUGUUUUUGCCUUCACAUUUGCUUUUGGUAUUAAGGCAUUCAAUUUCCAGAAAAGAUAGAAGAGUUUACCUACUGAAGAGCAAGAUUGGAGAAGAGCUGAUUAUUAAACUACUAGCUAGUAUAUAUAGGCCAAAACAUGAAGUAUAUGUUCUGUAACUUUUUUUCAUUCUUGAAUCCCAAGUUUUUGUGUAGAGCUAAUAAGUUGUAUGUGUUGAAUGAAAAUAUAGUGGCAACUUUGUUCCAUUUGUACGGUCAAAUCUCUCUAUGACAGCCUAAUUUGUUCCAGCUUGUUUUGGCUGUUAUAAGGAAUUGGUGAAAAAUUA